AUGGACCAACAAGACGACUCUUCAAAUUAUAUCGCAAAUAAGGAAAUACACAAUUCGAAUAUAUCCGGUUAUGAGCUGCAAGAAAAGCCUCCAUCGGAUAUAGAGCAAGUUUCAAGUCGCGAGGCUGAAAAAGCAGACGCAAUCCGCCGAGCAUGCGACCAGCGCGAUUUGGAUGCCUUGGUGUCCUAUGCUACCUCUGAAGGUGGCUUUCUUCAGGAUGAACUUCGAAAAUUAGCCUGGCCUAUUCUUUUACAGUGUGACAUCCAUGCUGGCGACCUCGCAGCGUGGGAAGACCUGCCACCGCAUGUAGAGGAAGACCAGGUCCAACUGGAUGUUCACCGUUCGUUUGUAUAUUACCCUCGCUGUAACGAGGAGGAACUGUCCUUGAAAAAGGAGGAGCUAUCAAGUUUAAUCAAACAAGUUCUACGAAACCAUCCGAUGCUAUGUUACUUCCAGGGCUACCAUGAUAUCGUCCAGGUGCUUCUUCUGGUUCUUGGCGAACAACAGGCAGCCCCGGCUGUUGCUCAGAUUUCUCUAUUUCGAAUAAGGGAUUAUAUGCUGCCUUCUCUGACACCAGCGUUGAAACAUCUCCAACUGAUUCCAGCAAUUAUCGAGAGAGCAGACCCCGGACUACGACAGCAUCUCUCUGGCAUCAAACCAUUUUUUGCCCUCGCAGCUACCCUUACCUUAUACGCCCAUGAAAUUCAAGAGUAUAGCGACAUCGCCCGGCUCUUUGACUUCCUUUUGGCCCGAGAGCCCGUGGUCUCGAUCUAUCUUUUCGCAGCAAUCAUUCUCUUCCGAAAGAAGGAGCUACUAGCCAUCUCGGUCGAUGAGCCUGAGAUGCUGCAUUUUACCCUAUCAAAACUGCCUUUCCCCCUUGACCUGGACGGUCUCAUCUCGAGGGCUGUGCAACUCUUCGAUGACCACCCACCAGAGUCACUACCAUUCAGAGCAUGGAGGAAAGUUCCCCGACAGAGUGUACUGAAAGACUCCCGGGAUAUCUUCCAGAUUCGAACAUCCGAAGAAGCAGUGAAACUGUUUGAACAACAAACACGACGCCUACAGUAUGAGGAGCAAAAGAAGAAGGCCCUUGGUUUUAUGUGGAAGCACCGCAGAACCAUUGGAUCUGUCGCCGUGACCGUAUUCGUCGGUGCUGUGUCUAUCUGGCUGAGAAAGAAGGGACUGGAUACUUCAAUCUGGUCGUAUUUUGGCAGAUUCAAAACAGCAUUCCAAAGCCAGGGCUAUUUCUAG